AUGCUACCCCACUCUGGCUCUACCGACGCCGUCCUGCCCGAGGGCGAACAUCCCUCGAAAGAAAGCUAUAGCGGAGCCGAUUCGGCCGACUACGCCGCACGCCCGCCUUUCUACAAGCGCGCCUGGUUUUGGCUCUUGUCCUUGUUGGCCCUCGCGAUCGUGGUCGUCGCGGUCGUGAUCCCCGUCUACUUCACAGUCAUCAAGCCGAAGCAACACAACGCCGUUUCGAGCGGCGCUACAGCUGCCCCGAAGCCCGUCCAGACCGCGGUUACGACUGGCGGAGACGGCAGCACGGUCACGAUGGAGGACGGUACCACAUUCACCUACAAGAACCAGUUUGGCGGUUUCUGGGUGAACAACCCAGAGAACCCUUUCGACAACUCGGCCCAAGCGAACUCCUGGACGCCGCCACUCAACACGACCUGGACGUGGGGCAAGGACCGCAUCUUCGGCGUGAACAUCGGCGGCCUCUUCGUCCCAGAACCGUUCAUCAUCCCCUCGCUGUUCGAAGCGAACCCCGGCGCGGUCGACGAGUGGACGCUGAGCACGAUCCUCGCGCAGAAGGGCCAGCUGCAAAGCGCGCUUGAGGACCACUACAACACGUUCAUCACCGAGCAGGACAUUGCCGAAAUCGCAGGCGCAGGCCUGAACUGGAUCCGCCUUCAGAUCCCGUUCUGGGCGAUCGAGGCGUGGAACGAUGUCGGCGUAGACGGCAACGGCCAAAAGGUCGCUGAGCCGUUCCUGGCGCGCGUCUGCUGGAAGUACGUGCUCCGGCUGCUGGGCUGGGCGCGCAAGUAUGGCCUCCGUGUCAACCUGGACCUCCACACGAUCCCUGGGUCGCAGAACGGUUUCAACCACUCGGGCAAGGACGGCUCGAUCAACUGGAUGAACGGCCCGAUGGGCCUCGCGAACGGAGAGCGCUCCCUCGACUACCAGCGUAUCAUCGCCGAGUUCAUCUCUCAGCCCGAAUGGAAGGACCUCAUCCCGAUCUUCAGCGCCAUCAACGAGCCGUUCAUGGCCAAGAUUUCGCGUCCUGUGGUUGAGUCCUUCUACUUGAAAGAGUACCAGACCAUCCGUGCGGCGACCGGGACAGGCGCGGGGAAUGGUCCCAUGCUUGCCAUCCACGACGGAUUCUCCGGGCCUGGCGGUUGGGCGAACUUCCUUCCAGGAGCCGACCGUGUCGCCCUUGACACCCACCCGUAUUUCGCGUUCAACGGCAAGGCCAACAGGGAACCCGUCAACGUCACCGCGGAUGGCGGAGACGGCCAAGAAUUGGGUGGCCAGUGGCCGCUUGAUGCCUGUAAUUCGUGGGCGGGAAUGAUGAACACCAGCCGUACCGCCUUUGGAGUGACGUUCGCCGGCGAGUUCAGCAACGCGAUCAACGACUGUGGCCUAUACAUCAACGGCGUCAACGAUGACGGCCCAAACGCCGCUGCGUACGGCCCCGGAUGCCCCUACUGGGAGGACGCUUCCGGAUGGUCGGACGAGACCAAGCAGGGCCUGCUCAACUUCGCGCUCGCGAGCAUGGACGCGCUCGGCGACUGGUUCUUCUGGACCUGGAAGAUCGGCCCCUCGUCGACGACGAACAGCGUGCGCGCGCCGCUCUGGUCGUACCAGCUCGGGCUCCAGAAUGGCUGGAUGCCGACAGACCCCCGUACCGCUUCGGGCAAGUGCGAGCACCUCGGCGUCCAGAUGCAGCCCUUCAACGGCGAGUUCCAGUCGUGGCAGACGGGUGGCGCGGGCGCGGGAGUGAUUGCUCCCGGAGCGACUGCAGACCUCGCGUGGCCGCCACAGCUCAUGAACGUCGACGCGGCAGACAUGGCGCGUCUCCCCCAGUACACGCCCACGGGCACGAUCCCGACGCUUCCCCCGCCGACAUUCAGUACGCCAGGGGUCACCGUCACAGCUGCUGUCGGCAACGGGUGGACGAACCCGCAAGACACCACGCCAGCGCAAACUCCGAUCCCAGGGUGCGCGUACCCCGACGCUUGGGACGCGGUCAACGCUGCGAUUCCUGCUACGGGAUGCCAACCGGGCGCGUAGGGGGUGGACUGUUGCUGUUGUCGGUGUUGCUAUCUUUAUGCGUGCGUGCUUCAUCCACGUUUUGCACCCCCAUGGACACGGGCUACAGGGCAGUGUGCCUAGUCCCAUUCGCUCUUUCGCUUUCGAGCAUCUUGGUCAUGAAGGUUACGGACUUCGCAUACGCAUACGAGCGGAUUAACGUACUGUAGUCGCUAUGAUAGUGGACAUUUUGGUUCUCCUAAUGCAUGUCGUUCUAGCAUUGAACACUCCAUCACCAAAGUGCGACUCACCGUGGAUAAAUUCGGCAAACGUAGUGACUAUAUGCGCAUACUGGCAGUUGAUGUGCGUAGCGUUGUUGUGUAUAGAGAACGUCCUAUACCUAGAUGCCUUCAAGGAUCCUGGAAAUUUCAAUAUAUAAAC